UCUGUGAUCUCUUCUGACCCCACCAAACACCAAGAAGAAAAUGGCCUUAGCUGGUGCCCUGGUAUUAAGACUUUUCUUCAUGGCUGUCCUGAUGAGUCCCCAGAAGUCAUGGGCUAUCAAAGAGGAACACACGAUCAUCCAGGCGGAGUUCUUUCUGUCCCCAGACGAAAAAGGAGAGUUCAUGUUUGACUUUGAUGGUGAUGAGAUUUUCCACGUGGACAUUAGGAAAUCAGAGACCAUCUGGAGACUUAAAGAAUUUGGACAGUUUGCCAGCUUUGAAGCUCAGGGUGCAUUGGCCAAUAUAGCUGUGGACAAAGCUAACCUGGACAUCAUGAUAAAGCGCUCCAACCACACUCCAGAUGUCAACGUAUCUCCAGAGGUGACUGUGCUCCCCAACAGUCCAGUGAGCCUGGGAGAGCCCAACAUCCUCAUCUGUUUCAUCGACAAGUUCUCCCCGCCCGUGGUCAAUGUCACCUGGCUUCAAAAUGGACAGCCUGUCACCACAGGCGUGUCAGAAACAGUCUUCCUACCCAGGGAAGACCAUCUCUUCCGCAAAUUCUACUAUCUGACCUUCCUGCCAACCACCGAAGAUGUCUACGACUGUGUGGUGGAUCACUGGGGUUUGGAGGAGCCUCUGCUUAAGCACUGGGAGUUUGAAGAGCAUACCCCCCUCCCAGAAACUAAAGAGAACGUGGUGUGUGCUCUUGGGCUGUUUGUGGGUAUAGUAGGCAUCAUUGUGGGGGUUGUCCUCAUCAUCAAGGGCAUGCAAAGGCGCAAUGCCGCAGAACGCCGCCAAGGAGCCCUGUGAGAUGCCUGGAGGCGACACCUUCAGUAGAAGCUGAAUGAGGAAACUUGCUGUGUCAACGGCUGAGGCCCCUUUCUCAGCUUUACCUUAGCAGAGACCGGCAUUUCCUGCAAUUCCAGCCUUAAGCUUCAACAAUGGAGACAGUGUCUACUGUCCAGCUGAGGUCUUUGCCUCCUUCCUGUAUCUAUUUUCUACUUUCCAUCAUUUAUAGUCACCACCUAAUUACUGGGACAAAUAUUACAGAGUUCUUCCUUUGCCGUGGAAUGAUCUGAGCAUGACAUGGCAGUAUCUUCUAUUCACUGAUGGUUUGCUAUUUCUCCAAACUGUGCUUUUUGUUUUUUGUUUUUUUUGUUUUUGUUUUGUUUUGUUUUUCUACAAAUAAUAAAUAUCUUGGAUGGGUUGUGAA